ACUCGGACGGGUCACGGGUAUAAAUCUCUGCAGGAUCACGUCGUGAUGAGCACUGCAGACGCCGGCGUCGAAGAAGAUGGCUGCUAGAGGCGUCGCUCCCGUGUUCGCAGCAGCAAUGUUCGUUGCCGCAUUUGCCGCUGCCGCUACAAGUGUGCGAGCCAUCGGCGUGUGCUACGGCGUGAUCGGCAGCGGUCUCCCUUCCAAGAGCGACGUGGUGCAGCUCUACAAGUCCAACGGCAUCGCUAGCAUGCGCUUCUACUUCGCCGACCAGGACCUCCUCACCGCGCUGCGCGGCUCGGGCAUCGCCCUGGCCCUCGACGUCGGCAACGACAAGGUCGGCGAGUUCGCCUCCGACCCCGCCGCCGCCGCGUCGUGGGUCCGGGACAACGUGCAGGCCUACAACCAGGACGUGGACAUCAGGUACGUCGUGGUUGGGAACGAGGUCCCCGGCGCGGCGUCGGUGCUCCAGGCCAUGCAGAACGUGCACCAGCUUGAUGACGGUGAAUUUCGCAGGCGAAGCGGAGCGGCCUGGCGGCGGAGCAAAAGGGAAUGGCGCCGGGGAGUUUUAAGGGCGAGGGCGACUUGUCCGGAUUUUGACAGCUCCUACUUGUGCUCGCCACCGAAGCAGCUGCACGCGGCCACCGACGGCAAGCAGCUGCGGCGACACUGUCAACCGACUGAAGUUUGA